AUGACAUUCAGCUUCUUCAAGCCGCACCCCAAGUCAGAAGCUAUAAUAGUUCCUACGACCACUAAUCCACUACCCCCUACCACAACGGUGGCCCCAGCAGUAUCAGUGCAAAAUGGGACAAAGGCUGGCCCAGUGGAGAGCAAGGCGGAUAUAUUUGUUGAUAUUAAAGACAAGUUUAUGAAUGAAAUAAAUAAGAUUCCCUUGCCUCCAUGGGCCCUGAUUGCAAUUGCUGUAGUGGCUGGACUGCUGAUCCUCACCUGCUGCUUCUGCAUCUGCAAGAAAUGCUGCUGCAAGAAGAAGAAGAACAAGAAAGACAAAAAAGGAAUGAAAAAUGCUAUGAACAUGAAAGACAUGAAAGGCCAGGACAAACAGGAUGAUGACGAUGAUGGAGAUGGUGAUGAAGAGGGGGGAGAAGAGGAAGAAGAGAAGGAGCCAGAGAACUUGGGCAAGCUGCAGUUCUCCCUAGACUAUGAUUUCCAGGCCAACCAGCUCACAGUAGGGAUCCUCCAAGCAGCUGAGCUCCCGGCACUCGAUAUGGGUGGCACUUCAGACCCCUAUGUCAAAGUCUUCCUACUUCCUGACAAGAAGAAGAAAUUUGAGACCAAAGUGCAAAAGAAGACUCUCAAUCCAACCUAUAAUGAGACUUUUGUUUUCAAGAUCCCCUAUCAGGAGCUAGGCGGGAAAACCUUGGUGAUGGCCAUCUAUGACUUCGACCGCUUCUCCAAGCAUGACAUCAUUGGAGAAGUCAAGGUGCCCAUGAACACUGUGGACUUGGGACAGCCCAUUGAAGAAUGGCGGGAUCUAGAAAGUGCAGAAAAAGAAGAGCCAGAGAAGUUGGGAGACAUCUGUAUCUCAUUACGUUACGUGCCCACUGCUGGAAAACUUACUGUCUGUAUCUUGGAAGCCAAGAACUUGAAAAAGAUGGAUGUCGGGGGACUUUCAGAUCCCUAUGUGAAAAUUCACCUGCUACAGAAUGGCAAGAGGCUCAAGAAGAAGAAGACCACUGUCAAGAAGAAGACCCUGAAUCCCUACUUCAACGAAUCGUUCAGCUUUGAGAUUCCCUUUGAACAGAUACAGAAAGUGCAAGUUGUGAUUACCGUGCUGGAUUAUGACAAGCUGGGAAAGAAUGAAGCCAUUGGAAAAAUAUUUGUUGGUAACAAUGCUACCGGCACGGAGCUUAGGCACUGGUCUGACAUGUUGGCUAACCCACGUCGCCCCAUUGCCCAGUGGCAUUCCUUGAAGCCUGAAGAAGAGGUGGACGCAGCUCUCGGGAAAAAUAAAUAGGCAG